ACAUAUAAGAACACGUAAACUUGGGCUGGUGAAGAGUGAUUCAUUUGGAUGAUCUCACAGCUGGACUGAGUUGGCUGCCAUUGUCUAGAAUAUCCAGAUCCGGGAAUGAAUAGGAUGCCAGAGUUUUAAAGUGACUAUCAUCACCCAGGAGUGAGUAGGCUGUCUAUGCUUGCAAUAUAGAACAUCCGGUGGAGUGAGCCACGUCCGAUCUGUGAGCUGGUACCACUACACUUGGGUUUCCCUGGUGAUGACGAUGUAAUGAAUACAAAGUCACUAGCGGUAGAGAGUCACAAGUGGUGGAAAGUUCAGUAGAGUACCGGGGCAGAAUAAGUGAACAGCUCUUAAGUUCGCCAAAACUUUGAGGAAACACAAAUAUCUAGUUUACGUUUUCUGAGAAAUACAAGUGUGUGUUUUUUUCUCAAGGAAGAGCGAGUGUAGCAAUAGAAAGCAGUGACAGUCAAGUUCCGUUAAGAGUGAAUAUUUUUUGCACAAAAUAGAGAAUUCUGAGACUUUGUGUGGCAUCCUUGUACCUUUACGAGAUUAUUAUUGUGCUGAAUUAUGAAGAGCUAUAAGUGAAGAGUUCAGGAGCGAUCCCUGAACAGUGCAAGUGGAGAACUCUGAAGCGAGGAGGACAAGCAACGCUCGGUCGACCCCAAAAGAUUUGAGAACAGCCUCUGACGCUGGUGCCACCACCAAGAUGAGUUUGUCGACGACAUUGGCGACUGUGAUUAUUAUGUUGACAUCUCUCACUAACGCAGAUCGUACAGAAGGAUGGAAGAUCAGCUACUUCAGUGUUCCUUACGGCCAGGUGGUCUCCCAUCUACUGCUGUUCUCCCUGCAGCCACCGCCUGCUGAGGCCUCCGUCGGCUUCUUCGUCAACGGCCACGGCUGGACGCUCGUCAAGGACUUCACCAUCAGCAGUCAAGCUUGGCACAUCGUUGAUAUCAUCCAGGCAAUGAAGGAAGCAGCUCUGGUGGUGAGUCCCGUGGCUGGCAUCAACCAGUACCUGAAGAAGGGAAGACUGGCACGUGUCGCCGUCAGGAGCCUACAACCUGUGCACUGGGUCUUUUGCUCUUACUCUUGUGGUGAGUCCGUGUGUGUAUUUACUCACCCGUUUGUACUCAGCUAUUUGUGGUUUCAGGUGGUGGUCGAUCCACAGUUCCUGGCCCCGCCUCUUCGCUGGUCGCUGCUAGGUCCACUCUCUCCCUCAUCCAAGUGUUUUAAUCGUAACGUCUCUAUAUCACUCUCCAGAGUGUUCCACUUCCUAACGUGUGUGUGUGUGUACUCACCUAGUUGUACUCACCUAGUUGAGGUUGCGGGGGUCGAGUCCGAGCUCCUGGCCCCGCCUCUUCACUGAUCGCUACUAGGUCACUCUCCCUGAGCCGUGAGCUUUAUCAUACCUCUGCUUAAAGCUAUGUAUGGAUCCUGCCUCCACUACAUCGCUUCCCAAACUAUU